AGUGGGACCAGGGCCCGGCAGCCGCCUAUAAAAGCGGCCGUCGCCAGCGCAAUGGCAGACAGCCGGAGCCAGCACACGGAAGAGUCAGCCGACCAGUAAUUUGUGACCGGAACUACAUACACCCCAAUUAAUCAAAGAUGAAGCAGUACCUCGCUCUAGCCCUCACCCUCGUUGCCGUGGCUGUUGCGCUACCAAGGUCUAAACGGGCAGCCUACGAGCUGCCGGAUGGAGUAGAGUUCCUCGUCGGAUCCGUGAAGACCUCCUUUACAUGUCCCGCCAAGAACGGCUACUUCGCGGACGUGGACAACGCCUGCCAGAUCUUCCACGUGUGUAACGUUGUGCCCAAGGAAGACGGCAGCACAGAGGUGCAGCAGUACAGCUUCCUGUGCGGCAACCAGACUGUGUUCAAUCAGUUUUCGCUGACCUGCGCGCUGCCCGAAGAUGCCAUCCCAUGCGGAAGCUCGGCCGACUUCUUCUACCUCAACGACAGGAUCGGCCAGGAGAAGGUGAACUUGCACGAUGACGCCGACUUGCAACGGGCUGUCCAGAUCAUCCCGCGGUACCAGCAAGCACCAUUCAAGGCUUGAAGUCCACCGCCACCACCGCCACGUUCACGCGAACGCGACACCGUACCGUAGCCAGUUCGAAUCGAGCCCGUGACCGUGGGGAUGAAGAACCGUGACCAAACCAAGACGCAAAAGAACUCGCGCACACGUCCACCGUGUGCUCGCUGUUCUUUUUCUUUUCUUACUAUUGCGUCUCCUUGUGGCAUGUGAUGUUCUAUAUUGGAGCAAAAUGCCACAUACGUGAAUGAGCCAUCCAACAUACAGUAGCUCGUACCACAACAUGCCAGCAUCAAUUAUUAGAAGGCCGAAAAAACUGUCAUCAUUGUUCUCUACAUCGCUUCAUGAAGAAACAUAAGAACUGACGUUGGAACACAAAUGUGGAGGGAGGGGGCGAGAAAAGCUAAGUAAAAAAAAGCAAACAAAAAGAACCUAAUGAACGUCGCUUCCUCAUUUAUAAAGUAGGUACUGGAGCAACGUAUUAAGUCCGUCACAGAGGAUCGCUUGACGAUGAUGACGUGGAAGUUGUACACCACCGCUCGCUUGUAUUUCAGCUAGGCUCACCACAUUGUCGCAUUCGUGUCGACGCUGCCAACGAGAUACGGAGAUCCCGCUAUCUUUCAGCGCCUUGCGCACGUCCCUUGCUUUGGGUUGUACAGUCAUAGAUGUCCUGGGAUAGAACACCAAGAGUGUUCUCUUACGGCUACCCACUACUUUCGAGCUCGUCUAAGCGGUUUUGGCUUUCCUUGUGAUUUUGGGUGUAGGUCUGCUGCGCAAUCCGCCGGGUAGGAGAACAGUGCCUAAAGUCACGUGAUGUUGCCGCUAUUGGUCCCAUGCUCUUAGUCAUUAGCCAUGUAGCUAGCGUCUUCGCUUCUCUGCAGGCGUCUGUGAGCUUGUAUGUACAAAAUGGAACUGAAAAAAAAAAAAAAGAUUAUAGCAUUCCUGCUUGCUUGGUGGCUGUAUUACUUCCCGUGGGUAAUUUAGCGAAUAAUUUCUUCAUCUUGCCAAUGAAAUCCUUGAAACCCUAAUGUCCGAUGUACCAGAAGUGUCCGGUGCUACAAUAUUUUGUUGCUUUUUCAAGAGUGUUUUCCUGUAUGCGUUAACGCAUAAUGUACAAAAUGCCAAAUGCUUUGUGUGACACCUUGAAUAUUCUGCGUGAUGGUGAAAUCAUGGUCUCAUACGCUUCGCACGAAUAAAAUACAUUGUUGGUCGUUA